AUGGAGUUCUCUCGCCGCGGUCGAGCCACCGACGACGCCGGCGACGCCCACCGCUUCCCCGACCCCCCGUCGCACGGGGAGGAGGAGCCGAUGACGGUGAUGAGGGCUGCGCUGCUCUCGCAGCUCCACAUGGACCGCCUUCGCCAGGAGAUCAUCGUGGCCGAGCUGGCCAAGAUGGAGCGCGCGGCCGUGGCGCCAUUGGAUGGCGUGGCCGCAGCAGAUGCUGGGCGGCCUAGGCCGUGCCCGCUCAGUGCCGAGCAGCUCAUGGCCCUGCGCGCCGCCACGCCGAUGCCAUUGCUUGGCCUGGCCGCCACAGAUGCUGGACGGUAUGGGCUUUUGCCAUUCGGUGCCGAGCAGCCCAUGGCCCUGCGCGCUUCUGCCGGUGGGCAACAGACUACAUCGAUGCCAUUGCACAGUGUGGCCGCCGCGGAUGCUGGACGGUCUACGCCGUGGCCGUUCAGUGACGAGCAGCCUAUGACCCUGCGCCUGCGCGCCAUGCCCGGUGGCCACCAGACCCCGCUGAUGCCAUGGUGCGGCGUGGCCACCACAGAUGAUGGACGGUCUAAGCCGUGGCCGUUAAGCACCGAGCAGCACAUGGCCCUGCGCGCUGCCGCCGAUAGCAACCAGGCCACUCCGAUGCCGAUGUAUUGCGCGGCUGCCGCAGGUGAUGGACGGUCUAAGCCAUGUCCAUUCAGUGCAGAGCAGCCCAUGGCCCUGCUUGCUGCGGCCGGUGGCCACCAGACCACCCCGAUGUCAUUGCACGGCGUGGCCGUCGCAGAUGCUGGGCCGUCUAAGUCGUGGCCUUUCACUGCCGAGCAGCAGCCCAUGGCCCUGCUUGCUGCUGCCGUUGGCCACCUGCAGACCACCCCGAUGUCACUGCACGGCAUGGCCGCCGCAGAUGCUGGACCUUCUAAGCCGUCGCCGUUCAGUGUCCAGCGGCUCAUGUCCCUGCGCGCUCCGGCUGGUGGCCACCAGGCCACGCUGAUGCCAUUGCAUGGUGCCGAUGCCGCAGAUGCUGGAUGGUCUAAGCCGUUGCCGUUCAGCGCCGAGCAGCCCAUGGCCCUGCUUGAUGCGGCCGGUGGCCACCAGACCACCCCGAUGUCUUUGCACGGCGUGGCCGCCGCAGAUGCUGGAUCGUCUAAGCCGUGGUCGUCCACUUCCGAGCAGCUCCUGGCCCAGCGCGCCGCCGCUGGUGGCCACCAGGCCACGCCAAUGCCAUUGCACCGUGUCGAUGCCGCAGAUGCUGGAUGGUCUACGCCGUUGCCGUUCAGUGCCAAGCAGCCCAUGGCCCCGCGCUCUGCGGCUGGUGACCACCAGGCCACGCCGAUGCCAUUGCAUGGAGCGGCGGCGGUGGCAGAUGCUGGACGGUGUAAGCCGUGUCUGUUAAGCGCCGAGAAGCUCAUGUCUCUACAGAAUGCAGAGUUUGAUGAGCACAAACUGCCUGACUCCAAUAAGGCUGUUCCGCCAAGUAAGACGUCGCUUGCGGAGAAGUCGGAACUAACAGGAAUAACCAUUCCAGUUAAGAAGCUCAAACCACCCAAGAAAUGGAACUGCACCGUCUGCCAGGUGCAAGCGACCUGUGAGAAGAACCUACAGAUGCAUUAUGCUGGGCAGAAGCACUUGGCAAAUGUAGCAACACUGGGCCCAGGAACCAAGCCAAGUGAUCAGAAGGCGAAAGCAGGAGCAGCAGAACCUUCUCUUGGCACAGAACAGAGGAAAACAUCCUCGAUAAACUGGAGUUGCAGUACCUGCCAGGCCCGCGGCACAUCCAAAUCGACAUUUGAUGCGCACCUCCAAGGCAAAAGACACCAGCAGAACAUUGCGGAAGCAUCCGUAAAAGGCGAUGGCGAUGGCGCACCGAAGAACGCCGCAGUGGCGGGGGAAGCAAAAUCGGAUGGCAUCACCGUGCCGAAGCCUUCAGAGAAGCCAUCACGGGUCUGGAGCUGUGGCAUUUGCCAAACUACAUGCACCUGCGAAACAGACUUGAAGAACCACCUGAAGGGCGCCAGACACCGAGAAAAGGUCCAGUCCCUGCUUGAAGAAAGCAAGAACGUGACAAGGAAUCCUGAGACAAACUUGAAGAAAAACAAUGCACCACAAAUGGUCAAGAACCAAGGACCACACCCGGCAUGGAACUGCACGAUGUGCCAGGCCAAAUGUUUCUCCAAAUCUCAGUUUGAGAAUCAUUGCAGUGGCAGCAGGCACCAGCAGAAUAUCGAGGCGAUACUCGGCAAACGCGAGACCGCGAAAGUGAGCAGCUCGAGGACCGCAAAUGAACCAGCUUCGGAUGGCUCCAGCGGCAAGAAUGCAAGCUCGAAGAAGGCGGAGAAGAAAGCGAUGUUGUACUUCUGCGAGGUCUGCAAUUUGCUGUGUGGCAGCAGUGAGAUGCUGGUAAGCCAUCGUUAUGGGAAGAGACACCGGGAAAAGCUCAGCGCAGGGAAAUGA